AUGGAGGCAUAUGAGUCUCAACAGCCCACAGGAGAUGGGAAGAAAAGAGGAAAGAACAUAGUUUGGUCUAAAGAGAUGGAUAAGUGUCUUAUUUUAGAACUAGUGCAUCAAGCUAAUAAAGGGUACAAAGUGGAUAAGGGCUUUAAAGAUCAAGCUUAUAUUACAGCUUGUUCAUCUUUAAAUUCAAGCUUUAACCUUUCUCUCAAUCAUGAGCAUUGUGUUAAUCGCUUAAAAACUAUCAAGAAAAAAUAUAGAUUGGUACAGGAAAUGUUGAGUAAAAGUGGAUUUUCUUGGAAUCCAAUGACAAAAAUGGUUAAAUGCAAUGAUCAAGUAUGGACUACAUAUGUUGCUGCAAGCAAAUCCAGAUGCAAAAGGACUACCGGUGAAUGGGCAUGUUCUACCAAGGAUGUACAUGCUAACUUUUCAAAGAAAACAAAUGAUAGUGAGGAUGAAUAUUCACAUCUCUUCGAUCCCAUUGACAACAUGGUGGAAAACGACGUAGGUGACAUAGAAGGAAAUAAAUUUGCAACUCAACAAGGCAAUACUAGUAGCCAAAAACCUACACUUGGCAAGCGCAACCACAGAUCUUCAAAGCUAGUGACAGAGCAGUCAAAGAAGCCAAAAGGUGCGGAGCUUGUUGCUGAAACAAUAGUUGCCAUUGCAACUAACAUGGCAAGAUUGGCUAAUGCAUAUGAGAAGAGUAAGCCUUGCAUAGAUUAUUUGGAACUUUACAAGGCCGUAAUGGAUGUUGAAGAGCUUGAUAUCAAUAGCCGAAUGACUCGUUUUGAAUACUUGAACGGAGAUCCUAUAAAAGCCAGAGCAUUUCUGAUAUAUCCUUAA